CUGCCGCAAACUGUAAAGACAUUUUAAAGAAUUUUGCAUUUUUUUGUUUACCUGUUAUUUAUAUAUGAUGAAUUGAAUUGACUUUAGAGGAACAAGUAAAUAAAAAUAUCAUGUUAAUGACAAAAAUGUACAAAAACAAAAAUAAAAAAAAAAAAUUUAUGCACAAGAAUUGUCAGAUUAAAAAAUCUCUUUUCAAAAGUCACGACUUUGGAUAUCACUGCUAUUUUAGCUCGUGCGUUUUUCAACACUUAUCAGCUGAUAAUCACAAACCGCGUCCACGAAAGAUAAAACAAUUUUUGUAUUGCAUGUUUUCUGUCAAAUUUAUUUAUUUGAAAAAUGGGUGUUACGGGUUUGUGGAAGCUAAUCGAACCGUGCGGAAAACCAGUGCCCGUGGAGACUUUGGAGGGUAAAAUCCUGGCAGUGGAUAUAUCUAUAUGGUUGCAUCAGGUUGUGAAGGGGUUUCAGGACAGCAAGGGAUCAGCUCUGAGUAAUGCCCACUUACUCGGUUUGUUCCACCGCCUCUGCAAAUUGCUUUAUUAUCGUGUGCGCCCGGUUUUCAUUUUCGACGGAUGCGUACCGCAGCUCAAAAAGGAAACCAUUGCCCGCCGUCAGCAGCAGAGAAACAAACUCAGCAACGAAGCCGAUCGGAUACAGGCCUUGCUCCUGCAAUCAUUGGCCAAAGAAAAGGUGGUGCAGCAGGCACUGGGCAAAAAUGCUGAGCUCCUUCUCAAGUCACCAGUUAAGCGACUACCUCCAGCGAAGAAGAACGACGAGGAUGACUUGUUCAAGCUGCCAGAACUUCCGGCUUCGUCUUUGGGGCAAGAAAACCCAUCCGAAAGCGAGCAAGACACCAGUGCCAGUGCGUCAGACAGUUCAUUUGACGAGUCAAACGCUCGACAUUCUUACAACUCCAGUUUGCAAGCCAUUGAUGUCAAGAGUCAGCACUUUCGUAAUCUACCCGCCGAUGUGCGUCACGAGAUCCUCACGGACAUAAAGGAGACGCGCAAGCAGUCAUCGUGGGGUCGUCUGCAUGAGCUGCCUGCCCGCAGCGAUGAUUUCUGCUCCUUUCAGAUGAAGCGACUACUCAAACGCCGUGCUGUUCAGGAGAGCUUGGAGCAGGCGGAACAGGAGAUGGGCGGACAUACGCUAACCUAUUCGGAGCUGUGCGAGUUCUUCAGUGAAGAGGGCAUUGUCACGCCAACGGCCAUUGAACAGAGCACACGACAGCUUAGCUCCGAUGAGCACACACGAUUUCUGCUGGUCAGGGAUCUCAAAAAGAAGGCCAUGGAGAGCACAAAGCAGGAGGUGAAAAUGGAGAUGAUUGAAGAAGAGCCUGCAGAGGAAGAAGAUGAGAAACCAAGCACUUCCGCCAAAAAAGAAUCUGGGGAAAGUACUGAUCUCGGUACUGAGUUCGAUGAGGAUUUGGCCAAAGCCUUGUCAAUGUCUAUGGAGGAGACCAAAGUGUACGAUGAGAAGGACUAUGAUUACGAUUCGGACCAAGAAUUGCGCCUAAACCGCGCUCAAAGCAAGCAAUUGCGUCAUGCAGCCAAGGGACCAGCUAGGGCAUAUAUGAUCGAAUACGGCGGGAUGAAUGACGAGGAGGUUGGUAACAUCAUGGAGGCCACUCAACUAAAUGACACACAAAGUCUGGAAAAGUUGCUCGAGAUCUCAACGGUCCAAACUGAUGCGGCAAACGAUUCGUUAGAGGAGGCCAAACUGCUUUCACAAGCUAUUGAGGAAAGCAAGCAAAUGGCCAAAGCGAUUGAAGAAAGCAAAAAAAGUUUAGUUGAGGAUAAGGUGGAGAUUGUAGAUACUGAUACUGACUCCGACCUGGAGGAAGUUGUGGAAGGUUCGGAGCCCAAUAAAAGUAAAAAGAGUCUUGAAAUUUGUGUUGACAUUACUGAAGAACUAAAGGACUCCAACGAUAUGUUUGCGGAUAUAUUUCAGCAGCAGAACACCAAAGAAAAGAAGAAUAUUGAGAGCGAUGAUGAUGACUUUAUAGAGGUUCCAGAUAGUGAGGAAAUUAUAUUAGAUUCUCAAGAGGAAAUUAAGCCAAACAAGAGUAUAAUUCUUAAAAAAACUAACCAAGAUAAAAAACGGUUGGAUGAAAUUAUCGAAGUGAAAGACAGCCAGGAAAAUAUUCCUGCAGAAGUCAAACCCAAGCCUGAUCUAGACUCCAUAUUAAGCGACUUAAAAAAGGAAACUGCUGCAGUAAAAAAUAUUCAACUAGAUGUAACUGAGGAAGCAGAACCAAAACCAAAGGUUGAACUCGGUUCUAUUUUGGAAGAUCUUAAAAUGAAAAUGGCCGAGGUUAAAAACAUAAGUUUGGAUCAGGUCAAACUAAGCAAUAGUGUCUCCAUCGUUUUGUCAUCCGACGAUGAAGGAGCCACAAAAGCAGAAAAACCCGUUUUAAAGGAGGAAGUAAUUGAGUUGUGCGACAGCGACGAUAACAAUAAGAACCGCAUUUCGCCUAACAAAACACCUAGCAAAAACAAGUCUAUUAAGGACUUCUUUGAAACCAGUUAUGUGGUAAAGCGAACGCCCGAUAAAUCGCCAGCGACGGAUGAACAGGCUCCGACCACACCGAAAACUCCGAAGCCCUUCUUCAGGAAGCGAACACCAAAGUCCGGACGUAAAAGAGCUAACGAUGGAGAUGAGGACAGCGAUGAUGAAAUUUCACCAACAAAAAGAUCCAGCAAGGCUUCAAAAUCACUUUUCGAGUCAGAGGAGGUGGAGAAGGAAAAGACUGUAGACCCUGAGGAGCUUAUAAAAGAUGCAGCGGAGGCCUUAAAGUCUCAAAACACCUCCGAGGAGCUGCAAGAGAUGGCCACCAACCUUGCCAAGGAACGCAAGGAGCUGGAGAUCGAACGCAAUCGGCAGGAUCGCAUGGGCAUGUCCAUCAGCCAACGCAUGAGCAUCGAUUGCCAGGAGCUGCUGCGCCUUUUCGGCAUUCCGUACAUUGUUGCGCCCAUGGAGGCGGAGGCGCAGUGUGCCUUUCUCAACGCCACCGAUCUCACCCACGGCACAAUCACGGAUGACAGCGAUAUCUGGUUGUUUGGCGGUCGAACUGUGUACAAGAUUUUUGCCCAGAACAAGCAUGUGUUGGAAUUCCGAGCCGAACAGAUCGAGCAGACGUUCAACUGCAACAGGGGAAAACUUAUUCAGCUGGCUUGUUUGGUGGGCAGUGACUACACUACCGGAAUUCAUGGCAUUGGUGCCGUGACGGCUCUGGAGAUAUUAGCCUCGUUUUCCGGACAGGAUGCGAAUGCAGCUGGUGUCUGCAACCAAUCGGUGCUGCAAACGUUAAUCAAGUUCCGCGACUGGUGGCAGGCUCACAAGAGCAGCAAUCUUCCUCCAGGGAACUCAGCUCGCCUUUCCCUUCGCAAAAAGUUAAAGAACAUCGAACUCCACGAGGGAUUCCCUAACGGAGCAGUGGUGGAGGCUUAUUUGGCACCCACAAUCGACGACAAUCGGGAGGCAUUUAGCUGGGGCACACCAGAUGUAGAAUCGAUCAGGGAGUUUGCGCGAAAAUCUUUUGGCUGGACUACUACGAAAACAGAUGACAUUCUUAUGCCCGUUAUGAAGAAGAUCAACGAGAAAAAGAUCCAGGGCUCGAUUCGCAACUAUUUUACUGCGAAAAGCGCUUUGCGAGUUCAGCAGCCGCAGGUCAGCAAACGUGUUCAACUGGCCAUUGACAAGAUGUCAGGAAAAAUAGAUGAAACGCCAGAAAAGCCAAAGAAGACACGCGUAAAACGGGCAAAAACAGCUCAGGCGUCCAAUGAUAAGGAUGCCAACGUAGAAGGUGAAGCUAAAACAACCCGAGCCAAACGUGGUAAAAGAAAGGCUCCAACUGGAACUUAUUUAGAAGAACUACCGUCUUCAUCGCAGUCGGCUCCGAAGCCAGAAAAGUGUCCACGGAUACCAAACAGCGUUGAAGUCAUUCCUCAAAGGGAAAAGGAUCUGGAGCAGAUGCGACUAAACAAAGCGAAGGCAGCAGAGAUUCUAAAAAAGUCUGCGAAAGCUAGUAAAAAGUAAAGUUAAAAAUUAUAUAAAACUAAACUGAACUGAAAAUGUAAAAUAUAACUGGAAAAAAAGUGGAUAUGAUAGAAAAAGAUUAGAUUAAAAUAACAAAAAAUUGAACAAUUUUUAUUUUUAAUACGAAUGUGAAAACUAUUUACAGUGCGAUGAAAAUCAUCUUCUAGAUUUUACUUUAAAUACACUUUGAAAAUAAAA